UAGAUAGAAUUCUCAGUCUAGAAAAUGACACCCAAUGCCUGUGUGUACUGAUUAACUUAUGUCCUCCAAGUCUGUAGGCAUCAUGUAUUCACAAACAAGAUACUCUUUAGUAAUUAGUAUAAACUACUUAUUUACAGAACUUUGUAAUAUAAAGACCCCGGCCCGGACCCUAGGCCAGACAGACUCACUUUUAAAAACUCAUACUUCAGCUAGACUCUAAGCAGAACUUCCCGUUAAGACACUAGGGAUUGGUAUUAAUAGACAGUAAACGCCUAGCUUUACAAGAAAUGGGUUACAACAGAAAUACUAAAAAUGUUUUGCAGAAGUAGCUUUGUUACAACUGGCUUAAAACAUUUCACAAGAACUAACAGCUCUUUUUACUUCUGUAUACCUGCUUUACUUCUGAUUUUUGUCCAAUACCCCGGAAAGCAAGCCCUGUAAAACUUCCACCUGCCAAGACCUCGGGGCCGUUCUCCCCUUGUAGAGUGAGGCAGUCGUCAGGCUUGGCUUAAUAAAGCCUUUGGAACCCAAACUCUGUCUCUUAGGUCAUUUUUAAGAAGUAAGGACCUAACAUUUUGAGGCCCCAGCGAGAUAAGGGCAGCCGGCUCAUCUCCUCCCUCGGUGAUCACUAGCCCUUUGUCAGGGGUUGGCCAACCUGAUGAUAUUUCCAGGGCCCUGGCAACUAGGUCGGCAUCCCCAGGAGUGGAGCUCGGGCUCUGCAGCCGCCCCCUUCAUUCCAAAGACUUUAUUCGGGAAUCCUUCGAAGAGUGAGUCCAGGCGUCUUCGGAGCUGCAUGUGAGAAAGCAGCACUCUCAGAAUGAAUGGAAAUAAACAGGAACCUGCUGUGGAUGCUGGACAAAAUACAGUGGAGAUGGAUGAAUGCAAUCUGUUACCCAGAAAUCCGUAUUGUUCAAAUGAAAGAGCACACUGUGUUUGUAGAUUGCCUAAUAUGGCCUUCCAGCCGCAGUGGGCUACAGCAAAACCAUGGUCACUCUGGAAAACAUUUCUCGUGUGUCUAUUGGCCUGUCUAAUUGCUACAGCCCUUGUAGUUCUGGUCUUAUAUUUUGUCCACUUUGGCAAGCCUACCACGGGCACCACCAUCAUCAUUCAGGCAGACGGAAAGUUCAGACAUGUCAUCUGCAUCCCUGGUUCUACCCCAUCUCCUGCCUCAUCACUCCUGCCUGGGUCUCAGGGCACCCUGCCUUCUAUCCCUUUGGCCAGCCAAAGCUCACCUACCACAAUGCCUCCAUCUACCCCUGUGGCCAACCAAAGCUUGCCUACCACAGUGCCUCCAUCUACCAUGGAGACAACUAGAACCACAACAGUGGACCAUGAAAUUAUCAUUGAAGAGUAAGAAUGAUAUUUUUGAGCCCUCAGCCUUCCUCAAACCAGAUCAACACUCUUAUUCUGAAGGAGGCAUGUCCAAGCUGUUCUGUCCUCCCUGCCAAGAGGUUCCAAAGUAUUUGACUUCAUGAGAUUUUGCCUCUCUUGCUCAAUCAUUUGCUGGAUUGCCAUAUGGUGAUGAUUCAGUCUUGGGUCCGUCAAUGUUCAAAUGAUUGGAAAAGAAAAAUUUUACAUGAGCCUGACUAACUCAUCUCAGCUGGGGCCCAGAGUUUUCUCUUCAUUCUUCUUGUACAAAUAACCUCAGUGAUCACGGAUGAAGAUUUCAACGGCUGAAGAGGCUCCCUUCCUGCAUGUUGGUUCUUAAGGCAGUAUUUACCAUCCAUUGUUGAUUAUUUCCUAACCUAUUUUCAGCACUUGUACCCCGGAAGGGAAAAAAGAAAUGUUCAAAGUGGUUGAUGUGCACAAAUUAUUAAAUACCUAUCGAUCGUUACAGAAGUAUUUCUCCUAUUGGUGAAUUCAGAAAAGAGGGGAGAUCAGUGAGGCUAGGAAUAAUUAAGGAAGAUUUCGGAGAAGAGCUGAAAGUUGAGAAAGGGUGAAAGUUUGGAUUUAAGUAGAGAAAAUUAAAGCAGAAAGUGAGAGGGUUAAGGGGGUUUAAUAGAUUAAAAUUAAAAACACAGCAAUACUUCAAAUAUAACAAAUGAUAUAUUUUAUAUAUCUGUACUCUUUCACUGACUAUUUCCCAUAUUUGAUAUUUUGCUUAAUCUCUAAACUACUAUAAACUACUAAUAAAAUUUGAACUUUUAAAUUGUUUUGCAUUUUGUAUCAUAACUUUGAGGGCACAUAGCUUAUAAUUUGCUAUAAAACACAGACUCUUGUGCAAUAUUGCUUUAUUCUGAGUGUUUGAUACUUAAUAGAAGCAUAAACAUUUCAAUCUGGAAAAACCUUUAGAGUUAAAGCAAACUGCCCACUCCACACCCAAUUUCCAAACUCUACAAAAGGGGAAACCUGUCCCAGGGAAGGGAGAGGGGGCUUCUAGUCAAAGACUCAGAGCCUCUGAGUUCUCACCAGAGCCUGGGUCUCCAGCUUACAACUUCUGAUUCUCUCUUGCAUACCAUUAAAGAUUCUAAAUGUGUUGUUUUGUUUUUCAAGAUGUUCUAAAGCAAAAGAUUUUGUGUUUUAUAUAAUUGUACAUUAAUUUGCUGCAGUCAAUAAUAAGCCAUGUAAAUUAGCAUAGACCUGAAGGCCUGACUGAAUAUUUAACUCUGCAGACAAAAUAUUAGAUAUGUGGUCAUUCUUCAGAUAAUUGUUAUUUUUGUGCAGCUAGUAUUAUUUCUCAGACACUGGGGAAUGUAAAAAUUUGAGUCUUUGAAGAGUAACUUUUUAUACUACAAACAUUAAUUGACAAUAGACUUUAAGAGUUAUAAAAGGUAUUAUAUAAAUUUUAGAAAACGAAUUUCAUAAAGCUCUAGAUAAAAUUAAUAAACAAAAGGGUAUAAGUGUGAAUGCAUUUUCCCCAGUACAGUUUUAAAUCAAUUUAUUGCUAUACUUUUGACUUAAAUGCUUGUGAAGAAGAAAUACUAAAUUCACUAGGUUAAAACAUGCUUCCUUAUAAGUUAAACUCUGUUUUGUGAUAGAAAAGUAAGAAAACCUUUUAAUAAAAGAGCUAAAAUAAAUUUACUGCUAACACUUUUUUUUUAAAGUUUUGUAUUCUAGAGGCUAUCCUAAAUAACUUAAUGCUGUGAUAAAAGCUGUUAUUUACCUCCUUUACUCUUAGAUAUAAUACAGAAUACAGCAUGGUAAUACCAGAAGAAUAAUUUCUUUGUGUUUAAGAGGCAUCUUCUCUUAACAAUAAAUUUCCUAAUGUCAAAUAUUUAGUUGGAGGACAUUGUGAUUAAGGUUAUGUGAGAUCAUCAGGGUUCUGUGCUUUGUAAAAUAAAGAAGUGAAUGA